GUUAUUUGGGACAUGGGUCGGUUGGAUAUUUGGUAUGCCGUCUUCCCCAUUGGCACUUAUGCUACUUAUUACAAAUCUACUUUGACGGUCUGAACUGUAGGAAUUCUCUAUUAUUUAAUGUAUUUCAGUCUAGAUUCUGUACAGCCUGUAUGACCAAGACCGAGGAAAUAUAUGAGGCGACAACUUAAAUUAAGGGGGAAUUAUGGAUUUUACCACUUGAUGUCAGUUUUUGUAGCGAAAAAUCGUUUCCCCCUACGUCCACUAUUUGGGGGAGAUUCAUAGACAUUUCUGUGAAGUACCCAGCUCGAAUGCGCAGAUGUUAACAUACAUUUUCAGAAAUCUCACAAGUAACAGACCUAGGCGUAUAUGACCCAGAACUAAUAAAAUUGUCAAAGUGGUGAUGGACAAUAUAUGUUUUCACCUAGUUCGCAUUCGUGUCUAUCAGGGUCACCAAUGACUUACCAUAGGGAUUUCCAAAAUUUAGAUUUAAUUUACCCGUUUUGCUUAAUUCAGAUUAAACAGUUUAUAAACUGUAUAUAAAUGUACCAUAAAAUUUGCGUUGGUUAGUUUAAAUCAGUCAUAAGAACGUCAGAUACUUAUUCUCUUGCUUAUAUGCAUGGUGAGUAUUAUGUUCAUAAACCCAUUUUUGUGAAGGCUAUUAAUGUUGUACGUUUUCUAAGGUUCUAAAGAUGUUAUAAUAUUCUCCACAGAUUAUAAAGGCACUGUAACAUGUUUAUGUUAGUGCAUUAAUAGAUAUUACACGGCAAAUUAGUCCGUGUGUAAAAAUCCAUUUUCAAAUAAGUUCAGAGCAAUUUUUCAUAUGAGGUCCUAUUCAUUACCUUUUAGGCUAGCGAAAUAUAUUCAAGAUGGCAUACCUUCGAACUGGUGCAGAAUUUAUAUCAUCGUAUCGUUCCAGUCUUAAUCGGAUGAGUGAACUUCAAAAAAAGAUAAAAAUGUUCGGAUUCAACAAUGCUUAUUAUAAUCAGGUUGGACUUUUGAAACAUGAUUGGCUACCUCAUAGUCCUGUCUGGCGUGAAGCUCUCCGCCGAAUUCCACGCGAACUAAAGGAGGCUAGAGACUUCCGAAUUUCACGAGCGACGCAUCUCUACGCUUCGAAAAAUAUUUUGCCGAAGGAAGAGUGGACAACCAUUGAAGAUGAUAUCCCAUACUUGGACCCGUACGUUGAAAUUGUCGUGAAAGAAUUGGAUGACAAAUCAAACUGGGAUAAUUUUGUCAACCCUGAGAUAUAUAGUGAAUAA